AUGUCUGAUGAAGAAGAUUUCCUAUCUGAAGAAUCAUAUGAAUUCGAGUUUGAAGAAGAUGAGGAUGAUGGCGUAGAGGAAAAUGAAAAUCAUCAGGAUUAUGGAAUGUAUUACAAUGCAAAAGGCUUGAAAGACGAUGACCCAGAAAGAGCAAUUAAGGAAUUGAGAGUGAUAAUAGAAGCAGAUUCGACCGAUGAAGAGAAUAUUGAAUGGAUAUUUAAAUCAUAUAAGCAAUUGAUGAAAAUCAACUUCAGCAAGCAGAGAUAUGAUGAGACACUCAAAUACUUCGAGAAAUUAACAGAAAUAAUGCUGAAAGUAAAUAAAAACUACUCAGAAGAAUCUAUGAGUAAAAUAUUGAAUAAUUAUUCCCUUGCAAAUGAUAAACAAUUCGUGUCUAGGUUAUAUGAUAUAAUCUUGGAUUUUUUGGAUCAAUCAAGUGGAUCUGAACAAUAUAAUGAUAGAUUGUGGUUAAAGAUUAAUAUAAAUAAAUUGAAUAUACUAUUAGAAAACAGAGAAUUUGAUAAAUGUUCUGGCUUAAUCAAACUGAUAAAUCACACGCUACUGCUAGUAUCAGAAACAACAAGAAAUUCAUAUUCUUUAGAAGUAAUUGCUGCCGAAAUUGAAUACUACUCACAACUGAAUAGAGCUAGUCUUUCAGAAUUGAACCAACUAUAUAGAAAAAGUAUGACGAUCACAACGGCUGUAACACAUCCGAAGAUUAUGGGAACAAUUCGAGAAUGUGGAGCAAAGGUUCAUUUCUACCGAGGUAAUUAUGAAAAGGCAAGGUUAGAAUUCUAUGAAUGUUUUAAGAAUUUUGACGAGACUGGUUCUCCGUUAAAGAAAAAAAUACUCAAGUACCUAACACUUUGUUCUAUGUUAGCUGAAAAUGAGGUGAACCCGUUUGAGUCACAAGAGACUCAAACAUACUCUCAAUUGUCGGAAUAUACAAACUUAAUUCUUCUCAUUAAAUGCUAUGAUGAAUUAGACUUACAAGGUUUCAAUGGAAUUAUAGAAAAAAUUAAAGCUGAAAACGACCCAUUGGCCAACGAUGAAAUUUUCAAUUUUGCUUCUAAUAGGAUACUAGAGAACUUAAGAUCCAAAAUAAUAAUAAACUUGUUGAAGUCGUAUAGAAUAAUCAAAUUUGAGUAUAUCACAAAGAAAUUGAAUAUCAAUCAAGAGCAAUUAGAAGAAAUGAUAUUAAAGUUAGCAAGCAAUGGUAAGCUAUUAAAUGCAAAGUUGGAUUUCAUUAGUGGGUAUAUUGAAAUCGAUUCAAAGCAAAAGAUGAGCCCCUUACCAUUGACUAUCGAUUCAAAGGAGAUAUAUCACAAUAUGAGAUGCUUGGAUGCGAUCAAUAUGAAUGGUGAUAUUUCAGAUAAUAAUGAUUCAUCUGAUGUCAAGUAUGAUGUGGAUGACAGUAUGGAAAUUGAUACCGAUUCGAGGCCCAGAACAGCAACUUCCAUUUUUGAGCAAGAUGCAUCAUCACCAUCUCCUAAUAAGAAACAGCGUAGAGAAUCUAUUCUCUCAAAAAUCUUGUUGUUUAAUGAUAUGCCUUCGCUCGAAGAAGAAUGGUUUGCUGUCAUUGAUUCUUGGUACAAAUACAUAUCAAGUGCUAUUCCCGCCCAAAUGAAAGACGAGCUAUCCCAAAAAGAUCAAAUAUUUUCUGAACAGCGUGCUGAAAAUGCAUCCAACAAUAAUCUUGUUAGUAUGAAUGUUAAUGAGCUUAACCCAGAUCAUAGUAAUAGAAAUAGUAUUACUCAGAGGCCUACUAAUAUAGCUCAAACAUCGAUAGAUGAAAGCAGUGAAUUCUCAGGGAUUGACCGAAUCGAUACUUUAAUCAACUGGUGCAGAGAGCUUCGUCAUUAUCAAAAUAAAUUGAGUACAGUGUAUAGCUAA